AUGAACAUUGCCACUCCCGAUUUAAGUCGUCUCGAGAGGCUCCCGGCAGAGAUAAUCCAGACCGUCUUGCGAUUUCUUCAUCCCUGGGAAAUCAAAGCUCUUUCCAGCACUAGUAAACGGCUCAGGCGAGCCUCUCUGUCGAACGUCUUUCGCCGCGUGAAGUUCAAAUUCUCUCUGGCGGGAAUCGAGGAACUGAAAAGCCUCCUAAAAUCCAAUGCUUGCAGCCAUGUCGCUUCCUUCACUUACGAAAUCACGCAACUGCUGAAGCCUGAGAUACUAGACUUCAGCUGUUUCAGGUCCACUAUCCUGACUACUGACAACUACGUGGAUAUGGCGAAAGCGAUGUACGAUGACAACGAAGACGCAUGUGGUUUCCCUUCAUACAUGACCAUAUAUGAAACCGUGCGCGAUCUUUGCAGGGAGCAACACAGCAUCAUUGACGAGGGCGCUGACCUGCUUCUGUCAUCUGUUUUCUGUGCACUUCCUCUGUUGAAGGAGGUGAGGCUGUCCUUUUGCGAGGUAUUGGAAUUCGACUACUGUCUGUUGAUUCCCGAUAUUAUCAUGAAAGAUGAGUUUUAUCGACACCAUCUCGAAGUCGCCACCAUUGCUAUUCAGAAUGCCAGAAGGAGAGGUGUCGCCAUUAAUACUGUCGGCUUGUAUGAUUACGAGCUUCCGCAUUUCGAUGUAUGGGAAAAACCAGACCUGACCAGUCUCUCAAGGACUCUGAGUCGGCUGCUGGAAAACGUGAAGGUUCUUCGCCUGAGUGGAUCAGAGUGCGUUUUAGAAUUGCUGUCCCACUGCGCACUAGGUCUUCACCAGCUUGACAUGUGCGAAGUGGCGGUUGCCGAUACGGCCCUGAAGAAUUUCCUCGAGGCGAACAAGAAAACUAUACGGUCCAUUGGCUUCCACCAGACGAAGCUCUACCCAGAGAGUCCGUAUCGGGACGUUGGAAUCGCCGCUUAG